AACGUUGCAACGGGGAAUGAUUUAGUUUUUACUGAGCGACCUUCUCAUAAGCAAAGGCACCUAAUCGUGACCCACUUUUUUCCACAACUUCGGCAGCCAGGACGAAAAGGGAUUGCACUCAAUUAGUACUUUCUCGGCAGCGGUACACUUAGGGCAUUAGGACCCAAGGGCUACGCGUUUGCUUGCUGUUUCUUUAUCAGAUGACUGCUCAAAGUGCAAGUGCAAACUCGCUAGCACUACUUUUUCCUAAUACGUGUGAACCUAGGGAAAAAAGUCAAAAUGAAAGACCCAGUGAGCGGAUGUACAUAUGACAGAGUAUAUCAGCAUAUCAAAAAGUUUGCCAAAAGUGGUGACAGUUACUGCAAAGACCUCGUAUCUGUCCUUCAGCAGAGGGCUGACCUAGAAAAAAUGUAUGCCAAAGGACUCCACAGGCUGGCUAACAAAGUUACCAAAGCAUCCAAAAACGUAGUAAAAAACUCCAUUUUUGAAGGGUGGAAUUGUAUUUCUCAAGAAAUGGCAUUUACUGCGGAUUUGCAUACGACAUUAGCCAGUGCCAUUCAGCAGGAAGCUGUUAAACCAAUUUGUAAGAUGCUGGAUGAACAGACUAAAAGGAGAAAAUCAAUGGAUAGUGCAGUUGAAAAGUCCUCAAAACUUGUUAUAGACAACUGGAAUCAACAGAUUCGGUGUAAGAAGAAAGUGAUGGGACUUACCAAAGACCAUGAAGCAGUAUUUCGUGCUGUGGAAAACAACAAACAAAUAAUAUCUGAAAAAGAGAAAAAAAAGCUGCUAAAGAAGCUGAAAAAAUCAACAGAGGUGCUGUCAAAAAUAGACCAACAAUACUACGAUCUGAACAGAGCUGGUGAGGACGUCAGAUUGAAAUGGGAAUCAGUAUUUGAACAGUCUUACCAGGUAAUCCAUGAUUUGGAAAAGGAGAAAAUAAAGCUUCUGUGCAAUAUCUUAAAUAAAUACAGCCAGCACAUCACUUGCUUUGGAAGAACACUAAUAGAACGUCAAAUGCAAAUUCAUGAAGUUGUACAAAAUGUCAGCAUUGAUCAGGAUAUCCAGUCAUUGUUGGACGACACAUCCAUUUUAUCAGAUGAAAACAAAAUAGGAUUUCUGCUAACAGAUUAUUAUGAGGAAGACAGUAAGAACACUAUGGACAAAGAGAGAAGGAAGACUGGACUAUCACUGAAACUACAAAGGCUUCAAGAUGACAUAAGCAAAGUAAAGAAGGACAAACAAGGUUUAGAGAAGAUGAUUAGAACAAGUCUCAGAAAUCCAUCAUUUUCAGAUUCAAAAACUGAGGAAACAACUGCAUCAUUGAGACAGGAGGCGGCAUUGAAACUAAUGCUCUUGGAAGUAAAUUUCUACAAACUUGCAUCAUCUAUGGCAGAACUAGAAGGAAAUCCCAAACCUUCCCAUCCACUGAGUGACAGCAUCACUAACUGGAAAGAUAAGGAAUAUUAUCACAGCAUGGUGCAGAUAUCACGGCCUGUGAAAAUGAAAAAUAUACGUCAUCGUAGCAGCUUGACAAACUCUGUAUUUUUGGAUCAUAGAAGUCAUCACGAAGAACCCAGCCCCCAGCAAAUAACUGAACCUAUCUAUGCAAAUCAGACAACUAAUUCAAAUCAUCAUUCAAAAAUACAGGUGGAACAAUCAGAAACGGACACGGGGUCAGCUGACUACGUAAGUGAUCCUAUUCAAGAGGUUGGAUCAUGCAAGGCUCUAUAUGAUUAUCAAGCUGCUAGAGAUGAUGAACUUAACUUGCAACAAGGUGAUAUACUUAUUAUAUACAAGAAAGAUGUGACUGGAUGGUGGCUUGGCAGCUUGCGAGGAAAAAAGGGAAUUUUCCCAGCUACUUAUGUAGAGGAAUUACCGCAAAUGGAAAAAAGUACAUCAGAUGUGUGAAAGAAUAGAGACCCG